GCGUGAUCCUCUUGGUUCGGUUGUCUGCUGAGGUACGCCACCCACCACCACCUUCCUCUUCUUCCUCCCGCCCCUCCCUCCUUCCCUCUCGGUGUAUCCCGUUUCAGAUCCUAAAGAGGGAACCGGGGUUGGGAUUGGGGGGCGUUGGGGAUUGGUGUGGGUGUUCCUGUGGCUUUCUCCGAUUCCUUUCUGGUGGAUAAUUCGUGCUGCGAAUUGGUCAUCCAGCGUUUUGGGUUCUGAAUCGUUCUGCGUGGUGGUGGUGGACUCUCUCUGGGGCGGGUGAUCCCUUCCCGAGGCUCGCUGCGCGGAUCUCUCGUUCUUGUUGAUGGUUCGUUGUCGUUGUUUCCUGACGGAGAUCCAAAUCUGAAUUUCCGCAACAUAAACUUCAUGAAUUCAAGAAGCACAGUGCAACAACAGUUUCCUGCAGAUUGGGAAACAAGAACAGUUUCUUUUUCUGGAUCUCUUGUUUGCCUCUUUCCCAGAUUCUUUGGAGCUACAGUUGUUUACAUAAACUUUCCCUUGUUGAAGGCUGUUGUUAGAAGUCGUUCUGCUUCAGUUUGGGCGCUAAAGGCUCUUGGAACAAACCACCCUUAGUAGUGAACAGUUGUUCGCUUGUCUUCUACUGUUGUGGUUAUUUGAAGAUUUCAGAGAUGGUUGCGUCUCAGUUAACUGGUUUUCCAUCCAUUGCCAUGUGCAAGACCUUUCAGUCUAAACUGGCAUUGUCUGUUAAUCCUCCUAGUGGUCACUCAGAUUUGGAGUUUGACUUUGAUGAGUUAUUUGGGCCACUGCCUGUUCAGGCUGCAAGUCCUCUUGCUACGAAUGAAUCACAGGAACUGGUGUUUGAAGGUCCAGCUGUUAUUCUCAGCCGGUCUCAUUCGCUCACUGGGCCUUCCGCUCGUGUUAGUCAAUCCUUGCCAUUUAGCAAGCUUACACUAGUUGAGACAGAGAGCACACUGGAACUUGUGGAUUGUGGUGUUCCAGAGCCAUUGGAAGAAAAUGGGGCACCUCUAGAUGAUUUAGGUGUGGAUAGCCCUCAAUCUUUGGAAAACCAGGGCAUUGGACUCGAAGAUUUUGAGAUAAUGAAGGUGGUAGGGCAAGGAGCAUUUGCAAAGGUUUUUCAAGUAAGGAAGAAAGGCACUUCAGAAAUAUAUGCAAUGAAGGUCAUGCGUAAAGACAAGAUACUCGAGAAAAAUCAUGCGGAUUACAUGAAAGCUGAGAGGGACAUUUUGACUAAGAUUGAGCACCCAUUCAUUGUCCAGCUUCGUUACUCAUUUCAGACUAAGUACAGACUUUAUCUUGUGCUGGACUUUAUUAAUGGCGGUCAUCUAUUCUUUCAGCUCUAUCAUCAGGGACUUUUCAGGGAGGAUGUUGCGCGCAUCUAUGCAGCUGAGAUAGUUUCUGCUGUAUCUCACCUCCAUGCAAAUGGCAUUAUGCAUAGGGAUCUGAAACCAGAGAACAUCCUUCUAGAUGCCGAUGGCCAUGUCAUGUUGACAGAUUUUGGACUGGCCAAGCAGUUUGAGGAGAAUACUAGAUCAAACUCUCUUUGUGGUACUGUGGAGUAUAUGUCACCAGAAAUUAUCCUUGGAAAAGGGCAUGACAAAGCAUCAGAUUGGUGGAGUGUCGGAAUCCUAAUAUUUGAAAUGUUGACAGGAAAGCCACCAUUUGUUGGAGGGAACCGUGGUAAGAUUCAGCAAAAAAUAAUCAAGGAUAAGAUCAAACUGCCUGCAUUUCUGUCAAGUGAAGCUCAUUGUUUCCUCAAGGGGCUUUUACAAAAGGAUGCAAGCAGGCGCCUUGGUAGUGGGCCAGAAGGCAGUGAAGAGAUCAAGCGCCAUAAAUGGUUCAAGUCUAUCAACUGGCGAAAGCUUGAAGCUAGAGAAACUGAGCCUGGUUUCCGUCCAAAUGUUGGUGGUAAAGAGUGUGUUGCCAACUUUGAUGAACGGUGGACGAGCAUGCCCCUGCUGGACUCGCCAGCAGCAAGCCCAAGACCUGGCGAGAGCAAUUUUAUUGGCUUUACAUAUGUGAGGCCUAAUUUCUUGUCUGCUAAGCCUCGCCCCAUGAUGUAGCCAAACCUUUUUUUAACGCUAUUUGUCCCCAGCUACAUUGUUAUUGCCAUUACUUUUCAGCUUAUGCAGACUGAGCUGCUGCCAUACUUUCUGCCUACUGUGCUUUCGUAGUCUUUUUAUUCCUUCCCGAUGUGCAAAUUGAACUAGCAUGCUUUUUUUGAAGCAUGCACUCACUCAUAAGGAUGAUCCAUAUGGAAGGUAAAAUUGCUAAAUGUGAAGCAUUUUGCAUUA